ACGGAUCUUCUUGGAAAAAAUUUCUUGUUUGUGUACAGAUUCGUAUUUUUUAAGGUUCACAUUAGCUAAUGUCUUUCCAUUUUUGUCAUAAAUAACAAUUUAAUAAAACCGAUACAAUGGGAUGCGAUGGUGGCACAAUUCCAAAAAGACAUGAGCUGGUAAAAGGACCCAAAAAAGUCGAAAAGAUUGAUAAAAACGCGGAGCUGAUCGCGCGAUGGAGCUAUUGUGCGCUGAGCCAGGAGAAACUGCGACGCCCCAUCGUAGCCUGCGAGCUGGGGAGACUGUACAAUAAAGAUGCCGUGAUCGAAUACCUGUUGGACAAAUCUGCGGAGAGACCCAACACGGAAGUGGUGGUACAUAUCCGUGGGAUGAAGGAUCUGAAGGAGCUGAACCUGACGGACAACCCGGCCUGGGAGGGGGAGAGGGCCAACUCAAAGGGGGACCGCUACGAAGACCUGCACUGCGCCAUGUUCAUCUGCCCCGUGGUGGGCCUGGAGAUGAACGGCAAACACAAGUUCUGCUUCCUGCACACCUGCGGCUGCGUGUUCUCCGAGCGAGCCCUCCGGGAGGUCAAAACCGAGAUCUGCCACAAGUGCGGAGACCCCUUCCAGGAUGACGACAUCAUGAUUCUGAACGGGAGCAAAGAGGAGGUGGAGCGGCUCCAGCGGAGGAUGGAGGAGAGGAGAGCGAGAGCGAAAGCGGGAAAGAAGCCCAAGAAGAGUAAAGCUGCUGAGACUGUUUCAAAGCCAGAGGAAACAAAAGAAAACCCCGCCCCUCCCAAAGCCAGCUCCUCAGAGCCCAAAGUGGCGGAGCAGAACGGCGAAGAUGGCGGCUCCUCGGGCCCAGGGCCCUCCUCCUCCUCCUCCUCUUCCUCCUCCUCCAAGCUCUCCAAGCCUGCAGCCGCGGCGGGAAGCAAGCGCUCCAUCCAGGAAAUGGCGGAGAAGUCGGAGACCUACAAGUCCCUGUUCACCACCCACAGCACCGCCAAACGCACCAAGGACCAGACCUCCAACUGGGUCACCCACACCCCUUACCACUUCUAACCCGCCCCCCAUCCUACCCCUGUACCCCCCCACAGCCUCAGCAGUUACCUAGAUACCGCUAUAUCCUGCUCCUCAGCAAGCCAAAAUGUUACUCUACCAAAACACCCUAUAGCCAGACCUGGGUCGGUUCUAUUUCAGUUGAGAUAAGUGACCACUGUGAAGUUUCAGCCUGUGAGGUGUCCUUGCCUCUCCUGUAGUACUGUGAGGCAUGUGGCAUGUCAAUUCAGUCAGUAAUUUAAAUGUCUUCAUAGAACAUUCUGGGCAUUUUUCUAAUUGGUGGAUUCAGUUUCAGGUAGCUUUUUGAAUGGACUGAAUUGAAAUGGAAUUGAGCUCUACCUUGCUUCUCACCCGUCUGUGGUUAUUAGCCCCAGUAUUGCUUUUAUAUUAUUACACUGCUGAACUGCUGCCUGUGUGAGAUUUUAUUAUUUUUAACUUGUAAUGUGAUGAAGGGUAGUAAACCGAAUGCUUCAAAAAAUCAUUUUCUUUUUUUUUGUAAUUCCCCCGGUUCACUAUGAUAUUUUUUUUUUUUGUAUUUGAAUGGUGCAUCUUGAAGGAAGGAAAUCUUCAAAGAUGGAGUGCAGUCUGGAUCUGGUUGUGGUUCUGGAUCUUCAUUUUUUCGUUCGGCAUAAGGUUCUGCGGGUUCUACAUUGUAAUGAUUUGCAUCCUUUUCUUCUUAUUGUUUGUUUCUGUAGAACAGACAAUGGAUUGAGUGGAAUAAAGAUAUUGAAAAUGA